AUAUGGAUGCAGAGAGAGAAACUCUACAGAGCACCGCCUGUCCUGAAGUAGACCUUUUGCCAGAAGCACGGCCUGAUGUUUGAGGUCGUUGAUCUGAGGUGGGGUAUUCAGAACACAGAGGCCACUGAUCACAUGACCACGGAACUCUGCUUGGAAGAGCUUGACCGGUGUCAGAAAACAUCCACAGGGCCAGCAUUUGUUGCCCUUGUAGGUGACCAGUACGGACCCUGUCCAGUCCCCACGCUGAUCGAAGAGAAGGAGUGGGAGGCACUGAGAGCCCAGAUGACUUACAGACCACAGGACCUAGAGCUGGUGGCUCGACGCUUCCGCAGGGACGAGAACGCAGUGCCCCCCGCCUACCUGCUGCAGGCCCCCGGUGCUGGGGAGCCCCACGGACCCGAGGAGGCCACCUUGACCUCCGUGCUGCGCUCCGGAGCUCAGGAGGCCUGGAGGCUGGGCCUCAUCACCCAGGAGCAGUGGCACCGCUACCACCGGUCAGUCAUCGAGUGGGAGAUACAACGGGGCCUGCUGAGCCCAGCAGGCGGGCACCAGGGAGCUACUGUCUUCCUGAGAGAGAUCCAAGACCUCAACAAACACAUCCUGGAAGACUGUGCCCUCAAGAUGGUGGACCGGCUUGCAGACGGCUGCCUGGACACGGAUGCCCAGAACCUUCUCAGCAGCCUCAAGGGGCGCAUCGCUGACACACAGCCUGGAGUUCUCAAGGCCCACCACCUGCCGUGGAGCCGAGACCUGGUGAACCCCAAGAAUAAGGCUCAUGCCCGGUACCUGAAGGAGCUUGGGGAGCAGUUUGUGGCCAGGGCCAACCACCAGGUCCUCGAGCACCUCCGGGAGCUGGAGGUGGGCAGGCAGGAGUUGGCCUGGCUCUACCAAGACAUCCGCCACCACCUGGGGCUGAGUGCCGAGGCCAUCCGAACCUUUUGUGGUCGCCAGGAGCUCCUGGCACAGCUGGGGCAGCAGCUCCGACAGAGCGACAGCCACCCCCACACGCCCCUGGUGCUUUUCGGUCCCCCGGGCAUUGGAAAGACAGCUCUGAUGUGCAAGCUGGCCGAGCAAAUGCCGGGGCUGCUCGGCCGCAAGACAGUGACCGUCCUGAGGCUCCUGGGGAUGUCACAGAUGAGCUCCGAUGCCCGAGGUCUGCUCCAGAGUGUCUGCUUCCAGGUGUGCCUGGCCUACGGGCUGCCCCUGCCCCCUUCCCAGGUCCUGGAGGCCCACUCCAGGGUGGUCCAGUUUUUCCACAUCCUCCUGCAUACUGUCUCCUGUAGAAACUUUGAGUCCCUCGUGAUCCUGCUGGAUUCCCUGGAUGAUGUGGAUGCCAUCUGCCGUGCACGGAGGGUCCCCUGGCUUCCUCCUCUGUGCCCUCCGAGGGUCCACCUUAUCCUCUCGGCCUGCUCAGGGCAGCAGGUUUUGGACACCGUGCGGCAGACGCUCAAGGACCCCAAGGCCUACUGGGAGUUGACAUCCCUUUCUGGAAGCCAAGGACAGGAAAUGAUUCAGCUCCUGCUGGCAGCCUCCAGGAGGACACUGAGCCCGGUGCAGAGGGACCUGCUCUGGGCCAGCCUCCCAGAGUGUGGGCACCCGGGCCGACUAAGGCUGGCUUUUGAGGAGGCCCGGAAAUGGGCCUCAUUUACUGUGCCCACCCCUCUGGCCUCCUCUGCCAAGGAAGCAAUGCACCAGCUGUGUGCCCGCCUGGAGCAGACACACGGGCAGCUCCUGGUGGCCUGCGUGCUGGGCUACAUCGCCUCUUCCCGGCAGGGGCUCUCAGAGGCAGAGCUGAAGGAUGUCCUGUCGUUAGAUGAUGAGGUCCUGCAGUCCGUGUACCGGGACUGGACCCCUCCCAGCAAAGAACUGCUGCGUUUCCCACCCCUGCUGUGGGUGAGGCUGCGUCGCGAUCUGGGUAACUAUUUGGCCAGGCGGCCUGUGGAUGGCUUCACACUCCUGGCCAUCGCCCACAGACAGCUGGCCGAGGUGGUCCAAGAGCGCUACCUGUCUGGGCCCGACAGAGCCAAGAGACAUGGCGUCCUGGCCGACUACUUCUCGGGGGCCUGGAGCCAGGGCACCAAGAAACUCAUCACCCUGCCACUCGUGGGGAAGCCCCUGAACCUGGACCGUAAGGUGGCCCCUCAGCCCCUGUGGUUCUCAGACACUGUUGCAAACCUGAGGAAACUGAAGGAGUUGCCCCAUCACCUGCUCCACUCGGGCCGCAUUGAGGAGCUGAAGCAAGAGGUUCUGGGCAGCAUGAACUGGAUUUCCUGCCGGGGCGUUUCUGGGGGCAUCGAGGGCCUGUUGGAUGACUUUGACCUGUGGGCCCCUCACGUGGACUGUCCCGAGGUCGGCCUUGUCCGGGAAGCCCUGCAGCUGUGCCGCCCGGCCGUGGAGCUCCUGGGCAUGGAGAAGAGCAUCCUGUAUACAGAGCUCCUGGCCAGACUGCAUUUCUUCGCCAUCUCGCAUCCAGCACUGGUGGGACAGCUGUGCCAAGAGGCCCAGAGCUGGUUCCGGGUGUGCCCACAUCCUGUGCUGGUGCCGCUUGGAGGAUUCCUCCAGCCCCCAGGAGGACCCCUCCGGGCAACCCUCACUGGCUGUCACAAGGGCAUCACCGCCAUGGCAUGGAGCCUAGAAGAGAAGCUGCUAGUGGUUGGUACCCAGGAUGGCACCAUGGCCGUAUGGGACAUGGAAGAGCAGCAGGUGAUCCACAUCCUACCUGGCCACACAGGAGAGGUGAGGUACGUGAAAGUUUUUGCCAAGGGGACACUUGCCAUCACUGCUUCAAAGGACCAUACACUGCGUUUGUGGAACUUACUCUCUGGACAGGAGAAAUUCAACAUUUGGGAUGGAGGCUCCACAGGGCUCACUGAACCUCAAAUCUGGAGCCUUCAUGUGGAUGAGACAAAGAAGGUGGUGUAUUCAGCAUCUGGCUCAAAGGUCAGUGCUUGGAAUCUGGAAACUGCAGAGCUGGUUUUCUGCAUCCUGGGAGAUGCCUCUGACCCCUGGUGGUGCACGGCAGUGCUGGCCUCCCAGGCCACACUGCUGACAGUGUCUGAGGCUGGCGUGGUCAGUCUGUGGAGCUCAGCCACAGGAAAACUGCAGGGGAAGCAACAUUUGUCCAGCAUCAAAGAAGAAGCACCGACCUGUGGGGUCUCAGUCCAGAAACAAGGAAAGAUGGUCACUGGAUUCAGCAAGGGCUCCAUCUCUUUGGUUUCCUCCAAAGGAGACAGCCUGCUGGAGAAGCUUCCAGAAGCUGUGCGGUUCCUGGCACUCUCUGAGGACGGGUCUCUUCUUGCUGCAGGCUUUGGAAGAUCCGUGCGCAUAUACUUGGCCGACUCACAGGGGUUUCACCAAUUCAUGGCCACUGACCUUGAACAUGAGGACACCGUGGAGACAGCCGUGUUUGGUCCUGAGAACAAUCUGAUUGUCACAGGGUCCCGGGACGCACUCAUUCGGGUGUGGAGUCUGUCGGAGCAAGGGACCCUGCUGGACAUCCUGGAGGGUGUCGGGGCCCCUGUGAGCCUGCUGGUCCAGGGUGGGGCCCUGGUGGCAUCUGCAUCCCAGCAGUCUUCGUCUUUUAAAGUCUGGGAUCUCACCUAUGCUCAGCAGCCACGGGCCUCUACCCCAUUUCUGCACCGCACUGGCCUCACUGCAGUGUCACACAACGGAAGCUACGUGUACUUCCCCAAAAUUGGGGACAAAAACAAAGUCACCAUCUGGGACUUGGCAGAAGGUGAGGAACAAGAUGCUGUGGAUAUGCCCAGUGAGGUCAGGUGUCUAGAGGUUGCCCAGCAAGCCAAUCUCCUUUUCACUGGCCUCGUUUCGGGGGUUGUCCUGGUGUUCCCCCUGAAUUCCAGACAGGACGUGCUGUGCAUCCCCCCUCCAGAGGCCCGGAAAGCCAUCAACUGCAUGGCCCUUAGCAAGGGCGAGGAGCACCUGGCCAUUGCUUAUGACAGCAUUGUCCUCGUGCUGGACAUCAGCCCCGGGGAACCCUGUCCGGUCAUUGAUGGGCCAACAUACACCUUCUAUACUCAGCUGCCCGCGACCAUAUCCAGCGUGGCUGUUCUGGCUGACUCCCGCGUGAUCUAUGGCAUGACCAGUGGCGACCUCUUCCUUUACGAGUGCGCAAAUUCCAAAGUGUUCCCUCUGGAGGCCCAUGGGAGCCAGGUCACCUGCGUGGAGGUCAGCCACAAGGAGCAGCUGGCAGUCAGUGGGUCCGAGGAAUCCCUGCUGUGUCUCUGGGACUUACAGGCGUGCAAGUGGAAAUUUGAGAUGAACUACACGAGCUCUUACUGUCAAGGUGUCCAGUGUAUCUGCUUCUCCAAGGAUGACAAGUACGUGUAUGCAGGCUUGAAGGAUCGCUCCAUAAUCGUCUGGAGUGUGCUGGACGGCACCCUGCUGGCUGUCCAGUUCGUCCAUGCCAUGGUGGACAGAAUCAUCCCGACGUCUAAUGGCUUCAUUGCCCCCACGAGACAUGGCUAUCUGAUCCGUGAGCGUUUCCAGUGCCCUUCCUCAAGAGCCUCACAGCAGGACCCUCUCAAGAACUUCAAGAAGGCAGUGUGGAUGGUCAAAGCCAGGCACAGAGAAGAGCUGGCUGCGGCUGCAGGGGCCCUGCAGGAUUCAAGAUCAGGGAGUGCCCAGGGAAAUGAGUCCAAAUCAAACAAACGCUCACAAGUCUGCCUGCUAGUAUAGAAACCCCUUGGGGGGCAGGGGCUGGGAGUCCAGUGAGUGGAAAUGGAACUGAGCAUUCCCAUGAGUUGAAUGGAGCUUCAUUCAAUUUGCCUAAAGCAAAGGAAAUGUAUGUGUUGAUGUAUACCUGGACCCAAAGUCGCAGAUCAUAUGACCCAGACCCAUCUUUCCAUUCUUCUCUCCUCCUCGUUGGCUCUGUUGACAGACCUGUAACCCCCAGGUUAGCAAGAUAGCAGCCAAAUUCAUGAGAAAAGAUCUUUUCCCAGCAGUUUGAGUCAAAGUCCUGACCCCAAUUCUACUGGCUUCAGUUGGCUCGGAUGCCCAUUCCAGAACCACUGCUCCUGGGAGAAUGCAGCAUUGUGAUUGGCUGACCUGACCCAGUGUGAAAUUGGAAUCAACAUCCCCCCCCAUUACGUUGCCUGAGAAUGGGAGAGGCUAUUCCCGGGAGGGAGCCUGGGGUCCUGGCACUAGGCAGAGGGGGAUGGACAGAUAUAAGACCAACCAAACCACACGUGUGGACUAUAGAGCUUUUCAAUGUAUAAAGCAUCAGGUGCUAUGUCUGAUCCUUACAGCCCAUACUUUGGGGGGGGGGGCAGGAGUUUCUGCAUUUAUUUUACAGACAAGGAAACUGAUUCAUGCAGAGGCAGCUUUGAUUUACUCAAGAUCGCAGGCCUGAGGUGCAAGAGCUCUGAGAAAUGAGAACUAGGAGCUGUCCUGUCCCAGUCCUUGUUGGACCUCUUUCCUCCAAUUUAAUCUUGGAAGCACAACUGUCUGUUCCACUAGUGGCACACUCAAAUGCUCACAGGGGCCAGCAAGCGAUCUUGAUGCUUGCCAUGCACCAGGGUGAGCAAGAGAGAAUGUUGCAGAUCGUGGGAAUGUGGAGGGCACAUGCUCUGUCUUGGGUGGGCAGGGACACCCUGACUCCAUGGAGUGAUUCUGGAGUCUCUGUUGUCUAAGAAAUCCAGACUUUUAUGUGAAAUAGUCUCAUUUUUAAAAGUUGGCAGUUGGCUUAAACCUACAUCUACAGGUACAUUUGGUCUGCGUGACUCUAGUCCAUGAUCUGAAUUCAUGACCCAUACUGGCACUGAAAUAAUCAGCCUGUUACAGUUCUCCCAUCCCUACUCCUGUGCUCAUCGGGAGUACUUGGAAGGUAAAUAUUUUUUUAUCUUAAAAACUGGAAGCUCUUUGAAGCAAAGACGGCCAACAUCUCGCUUCUGUGCUUUUGGGCCAUCCCAGCAUUGUACAAGUCCAACAGUCAGAACAUCUUCCAUUCCACUUAAAUGGAUCUUUCUUCUUUGCCCACAACCUUCUAAAAGUCCUGCUUUUUUUUCUGGGGCUUAUGCUAUAAAGAUAGGAGAGUCCAAACCUUCAAGAUGCUAUUCCUUCUCCCCUUUGUUGAGUUCCAAACAGAGUUUCAGAAAAAGCAACCUUAGAAACAGAGGACUCUGAGCUGGACGUGACCCCACUGACAGUCUGGUUCAAUCAUUUCCCAAACUCGGGUUCCAAGGAGGGCUUUGGCAGUUCAGCAAAUGCUAGCAUCAAGGUCCGUUGUUAAAUAAUAUCUUAGGCUGUAAUUUUUAAAAUGCAUGCAUGUUCAGGUAUGCUGGGCAGCAGGUUUUCAGGUGUUAGAGAUAACUAAAUUAGGAUCAUCCUGACAUUUAAUUUAGAUAGUAAGGGGAACCCUUGAAAAAAUAGCUACUACUUACUACCACCUCUCUGUGAAUCAGGGGGGUUACACAACCCAGAAGUAAAGUGGAUAUUGUGGCAGAGUAAGAUUUCAGCUACAACUUUGGGUUUAACAUGUGUGUCCAUCUCAAUGGCCUUGGUGAGAAGCAAUUGCUUUGUUCAAAAUACUAAUUUGAACAUAGGACAGAAAUUUUUUACUAAUAAAAUGCUACUCUGAAUUGUUGCUUAUGUUGGGAUUUUUGCAGUGAGCUUUCAUCUGAGAAAGAGUUUGACUGCUAUGAGUGUUUGACAAGCAUUGUGUUUUGAGGAGGAGUGACUCUCCUGAGGUCUGCCAGCCAAGGCUGAGCCAGAAGAGUGCGGUCCUUGCAGUACCCCCCUUGCCCUCUCACAUUAAGCAGGACCAUGUAAUGUAUCACCCAGACUGGAACACUUUCUGAGAGUAAAAAUGGUGUCGGGCAGCUGCGUCUGGGGGGUCUCUCCCUGUGCACUAGGUGAAACCUCAGCCUGGACAGGGGAGGGUUCUUGUCUCUGAUCAAGAAAGAAUUCACAAACGGGUUGGGUGAAUCUAGGUAAGGAAGGAAAUCAUUAAGGGGAGAGUAGCAGUGAACAGCAGCAGCCACGCAGGCUGCAGAGAGCAAGGAAGAGCAGAGGGAGGAAAGGGGAGCUCACUGAACUCCUGCUCAGCAUGGGGCAAAUCUCAUGCCAACUCCUAAAGCCAGGCUCACCUGGCGCCCAGCAUCCACUUGGAUCUGCACGGCAUGGGAACUGAACCCCUGCCACCCCAGGAUGUGGGGAAGCUGCAGAGCACUGGGUGGAGUGCGAUUAUGUUCUGAGAACUUCCCAAAGGCAAAGGAGGAUCUUUGGGCCGGCUGCUUAAGAUCAUGAUCACGCGGCUGCAGCCCUGUCGGGGUCUCCCAUGCGACAGGAGCUUGUAAGAUCAGAUCAGAGCUCUCAGCAGCCCUUCCCUACUUGUCUGAAGUAGGACUGACAGAGUGGAGACUUGUGCCAAGUCUAGAAAACAGAAUGAAAUAGCGAAGUAACAAAGACGUAUACCACUGGAGGAGCGCAGAGACAAAACGCAGUAGGUUGGGCAGAGAGAAGUCUUUAUUUAAGGCAAAAAGCACACACUCGAAGAAAGGGGAGUGCAGGCAACCUCAGAGAGGAGGCGCGCUUAAGGGCUUAGGAUUCUGUCUUUUAAGGCUUUCAAGAAGGGGGCAAAGGACAGAGUGGGGGGAGGCACAGGCUUGCUAUGUGGUCUCAGGAUGUUUCUUUCUAGUGAGAGAUGUUAUGUCACUAUCCAUAGUAUGACCUUUAGAUAUUCUGCAAGAUAAACUGAACAUAAGGAAUUUCUUGAUCCUGUUCUUCUCCAAGAGAGUGGUUACCCUCAAGCAGUGGGGACAUAUCAUUUAGGACUACUUGCCCUGCCUUAAAAGCAGGUGGGUUAUUGUCUGAUUACCAUAAAAUAAGUUAGGAGUCUUGCCUCCUAACUCUCUGUUUUUUAAAAUGGAACCUUGGGCUUAAGAUGGCAUACUACUCAGUUUAUAUCUUGGCAUUUCUUACCAUAGGCAGGAAAAGUUAAUCAUGAUUCUUAUCCCAUAUCCCUGCCCUACCUCAAAAGGAGGCAUUUCACCAAUUACUCCCAGAAAACUGUAACUAACCAGACUGUCACAAGAGGAUUGGAAUAUACAACUCCUCCAGUUGCAACAGGAAGGAAUUUAUAUUACAUUCUAGAGAGUUUUAAAAAAUUGAGAUGUAACUGACAUACAUUACAUUAGUUUCAGGUGUACGAAAUAAUGAUUCAAUAUUUAUAUAUAUAUUGCAAAAUGAUUGCUACAAUAAGUCUAGGUAACAUCCAGCACCACACAUAGUUUCAAACUUUUUUUCUUGGGAUGAGAAGGAAGAUCUAGUUUUUUGGAAACUUUCAAGUAUACAAUACUGUAUUGUAAAAUUAUAGUCACCACGCUGUAUAUUACAUCUCCAGGACAUAUUUAAAAAUGGAAGUUUGUACCUUUUGACCCCUUCACCCAUUUCCCCCCAGCACCCUCCCACCCCUUGCCUCUUGCAACCACCAAGCUGUUCUCUGUAUCAAUGAGUUCAGUUUUUUUUUCAUUAAAAAUAAUUUACUUUAUAGUUGACCUUGAACAAUGCAGGAAUUAGGGGUGCCAGCUCUCUGUGUAGUCAAAAAUCCAUGUAUAACUUUUGACACCCCAAAAACUUACCUGCUAACAGCCUACUGUUGACCAAAAGGCUUACCGAUAAAAAAGGGUCGAGUAACACAUAUUUUAUAUGUCAUAUGUAUUAUAUACCAUAAUCUUAUAAUAAAGUGAGCUAGAGAAAAGAAAAUGGUUUCUCACAUUGUUGCAAAUCUCCAAAAAGUUUUCCAAUAUAUUUAUCGAAAAAAGUCCAUGUAUAAGGGGACCCACAUAGCCCAAAGCCCUGUUGUUCAGGGGUCAACUGUAUUUUAUUUUAAAAGUCUAGAGACUUUUAUUUAUCUACGUGUCUCAACUUGAAAAUGUUCAAACAGAAUAUUUUCUUACAUACCACAGAGUUGCAAUGUGAAGACAAUAUGCAUUUGCUCACCAUGGAGAUUCAGUGCUCUCUCAGUGCCCUAUCACUGCUAAUCUUCAAAAUGUUUCAAAGUGAGGGCUGGGACUAGGGCUAGGUGGAUGAGGUACUCAUCUCAGGGACAAAGUUUAAGGGGGCCCCAAAAAACCCAACUGUCAGAAUAAGUAAUAUUCCAUUCCCAUAUUUUAAAAUCAAUCAAUGGAAUAAAACCGUGUAUGAACAAAACAUCAGCAUUUUCAAUAAAGAUUUAAACAAGGA